ACCGCGGAGCACAAGCAAAUCAGGCGCAAACUCCGCCUUUUGCUGGCCGUUCCAAGGACACACUGGCCGGGUGGCCAGCUAGUUAUCCUUGGGGUGAGCGCACGGGCUCCGCAACAGUCCCGCAAGACUCCCGCGCGCCGCAAUUUGCGGCGUGUUUAUCCAACCCCGGGGAAAGCGCCCCUCCCUUUGCGCCCCUGCUGGCUUCUCUCCUACCCUCCUGGAAGGGAAUUAGAGGCGUCGCAGAGCCGGAGGCAGCCGAUGGCGAAGCGCAGCUGAGAAGAGGAGACAGCGGCGGAUCGGGGACUGAAUCUGGAGAUGGAGGAGGAGCCUUUCGGCCGCCAGUUCUCCGGCCUUUCUGCGGGUUGAGCAGUGCGAUGGGCUGAACGCCUCGCCCGACUCGUCCCAGAGCAUCCCAGAUGAAGCGACCCAGGGUGGGCCCUUCCUCUCUCGGCGUCAUGAACCUCUUUGGACGAAAACCCCAAACGAUGUCGGAACCACUCGGGGAGCCGGAGGGGCCCUCCUUAGAUCGCGCCGAGGAGGCCCGAGUCGCCUUAAUGCUUCCAGAGGAGAAAGAAAAGGAGGACCUUGUAGAGUGCCCGCUCUGUCUGCUGGCCCAGCCCGCGGCGGCCUUCCCUGCGCUUUCCUCCUGUGCCCACCUAUCUUGCCUCACUUGUUUGCAGCAGUAUUUGCGCAUUGAGAUCAGCGAAAGCCGCGUCCAGCUGGCCUGUCCGCACUGUCCGGCUCUGUUACAACCGGCCGAGAUCCAUCAGCUGCUGCCUGAGGCCGGCCUGCGCGACAAAUACGAAGAGUACUUGCUGAGGCGCCUGUUAGUUGCGGACCCUGGCACGCGCUGGUGCCCGGCCCCUGAUUGCAGUUAUGCUGUAAUUGCAUAUGGCUGUGCUGAAUGCCCCCGGCUUGUUUGUGGUCGUCAGGAUUGCAAGACAGAAUUUUGCUACCAUUGCCGGCAGCCCUGGCAUCCCAAUUCCUCCUGUGAGCAGACCUGGCGGGAGUGGAAGCAGCAGAGCCCUUUGGGAGCUGUGGAACUCUCCACACAAUUGAUCUGGAAAGAGGAAGCAGCCCACAACCCUGACACCAUCAAGGUCUGUCCCCGCUGUGGUGCCUUCAUCAUGAAAAUCAACGAUGGGAGCUGUAACCGUAUGAACUGCACUGUCUGUGGCUGCCUUUUCUGCUGGCUCUGCAUGCAAGAAAUCACGGAUGUGCAUUUCCUCAGUCCUUCUGGCUGCACCUUUUGGGGAAAGAAGCCGUGGUCUCGAACCCGGAAGCUCCUAUGGCAGCUGGGCAUGGUGUUGGGUGCCCCAAUGGUGAUUUCACUUGUUGCUGGCAUUGCAGUGCCAGUCAUCACCUUGGGCAUACCCAUUUACACAGGGAAGAAGGUUUUGAGCCAUGGGCGUAAGAGCAAGCUGUCAGGCUGCCAGCAGUGUCUUUCUGUUGCCAGCAGCAUUCUCCUCUCUCUCUUUGUGUCCCCUGUCAUCACAGCCGUCACUGUUGGCUCUUUGCCUGCAGGGGUGGGCGUGCCCCUGAUGCUCACCUACGUGUAUGGGGUCGUGGUACUCUCUCUAUGCCGGAAUCGCUGGGGGUAUGGAAGCUCCCGAAAGAAAGCUGGGGAGCUCAGCACAGUGGAACUGGAGAACCUCGCCAAAUUGAACGAACUGCUGGCUGUGCUGCCUACCCCCAUGGUGCCUGAGAAGGGGGCUUCUGCCUCCAUCCCCCAUUCAAGUAACAGCCAGCAGGAACCAUGCCAAAAAGAUCGGAACAGUGAAUCUGCUAGCACUGUAGCUUUGGCAGGCAGCAUGCUGAGUGAAGCUCAAGAAACUUCUCACAGGGAUGGCCUGAAUAUGGUGGAAGUGGAAGUGGAGAUUGAAACUCAGCCACAGGCUGCUGGUGAGCACAGUCUAUGUAGUGUUGCAUCAGGCCACAGCUUUUCAGCAGAUUCUCUCGCCUACACAAGUGAUGGCUGCAGUUUGGCAGGAGUGAUGACAGAGUAAAGCAACUUAACACACAGAAGCAACCAUGGACUGAAGAUCCAAGCUCUCCUAGCUUGAAAGCUGUCUGCAGCCCAUGCAAGAUUCGUCACUGCUCACUUGUUACCCAAACACUUGGCAUCUUUUAGCCCCCACUUGAUUAAGACCUCUGGUGCUUCAGGAUAAUAAAUAGCAGCUAUCACAGGAGUCUAAUGGAUCCUCCCUUUAUAAUAUGUAGGGACGGAAUCCCAUGCGUUACCUACUUAGGUGGUGGGAAGAAGUCUUGUCAGAUGGGGCUAAACUGCUGAACAAUCUCUGAGAGACUAACUGUGAGGCCAGAUUCCCAUUAAAGGAGGCUUGGGAAACCUGUCAUCUUCCAGAUGUUGAAUUACAACUUCAAGCAUCACUCAUAAUUGGCCAUAUUGAUUGCAUCUCCUGAAUCGUAGAUUUCCUACCUCUGAUUAAAUGAUUUUAAGUAA